AAUCGCGCUCAGUCGACAUGUGCUCCAAAAUGCGGCCGCUGUCUUUCAUUGAAAAUCGCAUGUGUUUACAUACAAAAACAUACGAUUUUUCUAACCUCAAUCUCGUACAUUACUCAGUAAAGAUUUGAUGUUUUUAAUGACAGGUGAAUGAGCAACGCAGUCUGUGGAAUGCAGAAUCUGAUGAAAGAAUCUCCGCGAUUUUCACCUGUUACUCUUACGGUAUCCCCUGGAGCAAAGGUAUCCCAAGGAACAAAUCUUACUGGCAAUCCAAGGCUCGUUCGAGAUAUAGCGGCUGAGAUUCACUCAAGCAUACAACAAUGGAAUGCACUUCACUUGAACGGUGUUUCUUUAUUGAAAACUAUCACUCGCUUAAAAGUUGACCAAAGUUACCCCGAGGAGCUCAAAACUCCUUGUGAAGAUUUAGAAAAAAUUUGCGAUGAAGCGGACAAAAUUGUUGCAAAUUUAGAACUAUUGGCUAAGCAAGUAAAGGCAGUGUCCUGUUUACACAAAACUGAUAAUAAUUUAUUUUCAACGUGGCCUGUUGAAAAAUUUGUAAUGACUGCAGAAACGAUAUACAAUGCGUAUAGAAAGGAAGCAGCUGUGAAACGAAUUAUAUUAGAAAAUGUAGCUCAUAAUCACGAAGACUCUUGGAAAAUGCUACAUCUUGCAGCAUGGGUUCAUCAAACACAGAUCGCAGAUAAUAUCAAUACAAAACUAGAAUCAAUGCUUAUUGAAACAAAAUUAAGAUGAGCUAGAUGUGAUGUAUUUUGGGUGGAUAAAAUAUAAUAAGCUGUUAUUGUUUCAUAAUUUUAAUUUAUUUCCAUUCAAAAACUAGACAAGUUCUGUGAAAAAUAUAGAUUCAAAGCUAUAGUUAUAAUCUUGAGAUCAUCUAAAAAAAGAAAAGAAUAAAGAAUAAUGUAUGCAAAAUAUUACUGCCUAGUUUUUAGGAUUUAAAACUUUUAGCACCUAUGUAGUAUCAUAAAUAUUAAACAUUAAUUUAAACAAAUUCAAGCUUUUUUGAUGUAUUAGAAAUUGAUUUUAUACAAUCUUUAUCAUAUAAACCUUAUUACAUAUUUCAUUAAUUUCAUUUAACGUUAUUAUACCAGCUGCCACUUAGAAUUUUGAGCUGAAAUAUCAUAACAGUUCUGUUAAUCACAUUUGCAACUUUUAUAUUCACGUACGUAUGUAUCAUGAAAGAAAAUCAUAAUACGCAAAAUAAUUAUUAUUUUUGUUAUUCACACUGUACGUAUUUAAUUAUACACUGCAAGUUAUAUCAAUAUUCAUUCGGGUCUUUUUCUAUAAAUUACCGGCUUUUCAUAGUUCACGAUCGCAAUAGUUUAUAUAGAAUAUUUAUAUAAUAUAGAACACUAUGAUGAUAUAGACAAUCUUCUUCUCGCUGCACUAAAUUUUAUUUCGCUUACAUUGCAUCGAACAAUCGUCAACUCUAAUUAUUGCAUUAAUUACAUUUGUAAUUUCAUUCCAUUAUCUUCUUCAUCUUUUCUCAAAUCUCACACUCUCAAAUGUACACUAGUUUCAUAUAUACAUUAAUAAAUUAUAAAUGUGACUCUUGUCCCGCAUCUUGUA